CCACUCACCUGCUGAGCUGCUUCACACCAGGUUCAUCCCACUGAAGGCAGCCAACAUGGAAGUCAAGGAAAUGUCGUUCAAGAUGGGGCAGGAGUUGAAGAUCCGCGUCAAGCUGAAGGACUACUGCAAUUCCUUUUCCAUCAACAUCGGUCAUGAUUCCGACAACAUCGCGCUGCACUUCAACCCCCGUUUUGGGCAAGGCGUCAUAGUGUGUAACUGCCUCUCUGGGGGGUCCUGGGGUGAUGAGCAUCACGAGGGAAACAUCCCCUUCACACCCGGCGAGGAAAGCAAGCUUUACAUCAACUUCAACAGUGAGCAGUUUUACAUCAAGCUUCCCGACGGCAACAUGAUGAACUUCCCCAACAAACUUGGAGACGUGAAGUACAAUCACUUCUUCAUCAGUGGUGAUGCAGAGAUCGUGGGCAUCAAGAUUCAAUAGGGGGAGAGGGCUCUUUUUGACCUUUGACCUCUGCUGUUUGUUCAAUUUAAAAAUCCAUUGUCCAUGUACAGUACUGAGCCCACACCUG